AUGAACCGGGUUCACCAAAUUGUGGAUACCGUAGAGUCGGUACCGGCUGUAAAAAAUUCGAAGAAAUUAGGGUUAACAAGGGGAUCCAAUUUCUUUCGACUCGAAAGGCGCACUUUUAUUAGAGUUAAAACUAGAGUAUGGAAGAGUCGAAGCAUAAAUCUACAUGAUUCUUUGCCUGAGCAUUAUGAGAUUAAUGAUUUCCCUGAAAACAAUUUUGGUGCUAUUACUACUUACUACCAGGGGUCAAUAUAUCCAGCUCUACUUCACAAUUCAGUGAUUCACAACACAAGCUUGCAUCCUCUCUUCCAACUUCACAACCAGGGCAAUCAAGUAUUGAGGUCUGGAACUACAGUCAACAGUUUUCAUAUAAUGGAGUUGCAUCGAGUCACAGAAACAAUUUUCUAAAGCGAGCACAAUGGCACUAGUAACUGCAUCCAGGAUUUUCACUGUAAACAUUUUUAUUUUGCUUCAUGUAAAACAUUAAAAUAAACCAUAUCGGCCUCAUGAUCCA